GUGCGCCAGGUCUCGCUGGUCGCCGCGCUGCUGCUCACAGGGGGAGGCAGCCAGGUGAGCCCGAGAUGCUGCUGCGCUGGAAGCCCGGGUUGCCGCUGGCGCUGCUGCUCCUCCUGGGACUGCUCAGUCCCUGCUCCCCCGGCCUCUCGGGAAGACCCGCACCAGCUAAGGACGUCGCGGUGCUGGAAUUCUCCACCCAGCGGCCAGUGCACCUGCUGAGUCCAGCGUUCCUGUCUGUAACCAUAGACGGCAACCUGGCCACGGACCCGCGGUUUCUCACCUUUCUGGGCUCUCCAAAGCUUCGCACUCUGGCCAGAGGUUUGUCUCCCGCAUACCUGAGAUUUGGCGGCACCAAGUCGGACUUUCUCAUUUUUGAUCCCAAGAAAGAACCAACCUCUGAGGAGAGACAUUACUGGAAAUCUGACAUCAACUGGGAUGUUUGCAAAUCUGGAUCCAUCCCUUCUGACGUGGAAAAGAGGCUGCAGUUGGAAUGGCCCUUCCAGGAGCAACUGCUGCUCAGAGAACAGCAUCAGAAACAAUUCAAGAACAGCACCUACUCAAGAAGCUCAGUGGAUAUGCUGUACACUUUUGCUAAUUGCUCAGGACUGGACUUGAUCUUUGGUCUAAAUGCUUUACUGCGAACCAGAGAUUUGCACUGGGACAGUUCCAACGCUCAGUUGCUCCUGGACUACUGCGCUUCCAAGAAUUAUAACAUUUCUUGGGAACUAGGCAAUGAACCUAACAGUUUCCGGAUGAAGGCUGGUAUUUACAUUGAUGGAUUUCAGUUAGGAGAAGAUUUUAUUGACUUGCACAAACUUCUAAGAAAAUCAGCUUUCAAAAAUGCAAAACUCUAUGGUCCUGAUAUUAGCCAGCCUCGACGAAAGAAUGCUGAGAUGCUGAAGAGUUUCCUGAAGACUGGGGGAAAAGUGAUUGAUUCUGUCACAUGGCAUCACUACUACUUGAAUGGGCAAGAUGCCACCAAAGAAGAUUUUCUAAAUCCGGACGUAAUGGACACUUUUAUUUCAUCUGCACAAAAAAUUUUCCAGGUUGUUGAAGAGACCAGACCCCACAAGAAGGUGUGGUUGGGGGAGACCAGCUCUGCAUACGGGGGUGGAGCCCCCUCGCUGUCCAACACCUUUAUUGCUGGCUUUAUGUGGCUGGAUAAACUGGGCCUGUCAGCCAAACUGGGCAUAGAGGUGGUGAUGAGGCAAGUGCUCUUUGGAGCUGGAACCUACCACUUAGUAGAUAGAAACUUUGAACCUUUGCCUGAUUACUGGCUCUCUCUUCUGUUCAAGAAACUGGUGGGCACCAAAGUGUUAACAGCAAGUGUGAGAGGUCCAGAAAGAAGCAAACUCCGGGUAUACCUUCACUGCACAAACAACAACCACCCGCAGUAUAAAGAGGGAGCUCUAACUCUGUAUGCCUUAAACCUCCAUAACGUCACCAAGCGCUUGCAGUUACCACGCCACUUAGGUGACAAGCAAGUGGACAAAUACCUCAUGCAACCUUCAGGACCAGAUGGGCUGCUUUCCAAAUCUGUCCAGCUUAAUGGUCAGACACUGAAGAUGGUGAAUGACCAAACCUUGCCAGCUUUGACAGAAAAACCCCUCCGGCCAGGAAGUGCACUGGGCCUGCCACCUUUCUCCUAUGGUUUUUUUGUGAUAAGAAAUGCCAAAGUUGCUGCUUGCAUUUAACUACGAAAGACAUCGACGAGCCCAGAGAUUUCACACGUAUCGAUGAAAGACCAAAGCAAAACUCAAGCUGUAGGAACACGAGCAGAUGCAGAACAGAUCAACUGGCUGGAGCUUUAGAGCCGCUGGGACGCUGAGUGCUAGAUUCAGCAGAGUAUUUUGUUCUAAGUAGACCACUGUUAGUGACAGUACCCAGUGUCAAACACUAGCUUGGACUUUGCAUGUACUAUUUUUAUUUGAGAUUAUUAAAAAUGCAUUAUAAGUGCUCCCACAUACAGCCAGGAGGCAAGUAAGUAAAGGGUAUAUUAUUCAUUUUAAGAAAGUGCUUAGUUGUUUCUAUUUUUAAAAAGACAAUUCUUGGAAGAUCGUCCCAUUCUUUCCUCCAUAUGCUGUCGCUAUGGGCUGCUGUCAGAAAAAGUUCACUACCACAACCUUCAAAUCAUCUCUAAAAGACAGACACUUCUCUUUGCAGCUUAACAGCUAUUAAAUUCAGCUGCUACUUUUCGUCCCUCUGUUCUGUUUGUCUUAGUCAGUGACACUAUGCGAGAGGAAGACGGGUAAUGUGAUAGUAUAAAGAAGAGCGAUUAAUGACAGUUCAGAGGGAGGGGACUAUGGAAACCUCAAAUGAAAUAAAAAACGACUGUAAGUGAAACGGACUUACCCAGAGAAAAUUUAAUUCAAUGCAUUACAACCACCUGUUAAUGUUUAAUCUACCUUCAAUUCUUGCUUUAGUUGGCUGUAACAGAAAACCCUGAUUCCAAUGGCUUAAAGCACAAGAUAGUUACAAUCCCACAUAUUGAGAAGUCCCGGUAGCGUGAGCUCCACAGCCCAGGAUGUCACCAAGGAGUCGGGUUUCUUCAUCCUUCUGCUCUGCUGCCUUUAGUGGUGGCUCUGUUCUCCAGCUGGCGGCACGAUGGCUGUUCCACGGGCCCAUCCAGACCUGGCAGCACAGGGAAAGCCGCGCAGCCUUCUUCCUCUCUCCUUCACGGGCCUUGAGGACCCUCCUCGAGGGUUUCUCACCAAACUCUCCUCCGCCUCCUCAGGUCUUCUUGGCCAGGAAUGGGUUGCACGGCCACUCUCCACAAUCCCUGCCAACCUCGUGAGAUUCCUACAAUUGUCUCCUAGUACUCUUUUGGAUGGAGAGGGUGUCGGGAAGUCUGUGACACCGACCACCACAGCUCUGUGCUUUUAUCAGUAACAGAAUGUAUUCUUUUCUCUGAUGUCUUCAUUCUCGGAAGUAUAAUUCUCUUUAUAUUUAUGCCCACUCUAACUAAUUGUCUCAAUUAAAUGUAAGCACAUUUAUAAGGAGCUAAAGUUGGCACAAGGUUUGGAUGUUUUAAAAUCCUUAAGUUUUAUAUGUAAGUGGUUUUUGUAUUUUCACAUUUGAAAUAAAUCUUUGCAACC